AUGAUCCAACAUACACUAUAUUGCAAAACGUAUUGGGAUACCCCUCCAAAUCAUUGGAUUCAGGUGUAUAAAAUCAAGCACCUAGGAAUGUAAACUGCUUCUACAAACAUUUGUGAAAGAAUGGGUCGCUCUCAGGAGCUCAGUGAAUUCAAGCAUGGUGCCGAGAUAGGUUGCCACCUGUGCAAUAAGUCCAUCUGUGAAAUUUCCUUGCUACUAAAUAUUCCACUGUCAACUGUUAAUGGUAUUGUAACAAAGUGGAAGCAAAUGGGAACAACAGCAACUCAGCCACGAAGUGGUAGGCCACUUAAAAUGACAGAGCAGGGGCUGAAGCACACAGUGUGCAGAAGUCCCCAACUGUCUGCAGAGUCAAUA